AUGGUCCCACCACCCAGGACGGGAGCAUUCUCGCCAAAUCCUGUGCAGACACAUCAGUCGGGAGCGGGCCACCCAUCGCACGCAUCUCAAUCGGCCGUCCUCAGUGCUGCCGCGAGUCCGAGUACGAGCAGUCCCACGGGGAGCAGCUCGCUAACGAAGAUUGCCAUCACCCAAGUUUCCCUUCUCCUCAGCACUAUCAAGGACGAGAGCGACCCAAAAUACGGUGCCCAGGUCAGCCAACUGAGAAAGCUUAUCGAUGAACACGGCAUGGAAGUUUACUCACGAUUCCUGACAAGGCUCGUGGCCGGAAAUGCUCCCCAAAUAUUUCCUGGGCUCAACCGGCAGGUAGCGAACCCAGGCAACCAUCAUGUCUUGGUUGGCGAGAUGCGCAAAAUUAGCCAUGACCCCGACCAAGCCAGCAAAAUUGCUGAGUCCAUUGAGUCUGGCACCGAGGAUAUCUUUCGAGACUUCGAUCUCUCCACUUUUAUGGAGCAUUUCAAGCUCGAUGCCCUUGAAAAGACUCUCCUAGCACUGGCUUUCAAGCUCGGAUCGCGAUCAGAUUUGAAGACGAAAGCCGAUGCGAUUCUAUCAACCAACUUCCCGACCUUUACCUAUAUCCUCUCGCGACCUGACCUGCCAGAGCACUCCGACCUCAGCCCUUCUUUUGUGGCUAAAAUCGUUGACCGAUUCGACCAACCUCCUCCUUCUGAGGUCUUGGCUGCCCUUGAUCUAAUCCGCCUUUUGACGGACGGUCCAUCAAACGCUCUUGUGCAUUACAUCCAGCACACUGGUGCCGAGUUUACGAAGGACGAGGAUAUUUGCCAAGGAUAUCUGCAAAGUCGCCCUGCGGGUGUCCAGCUCAAUGAAGAACAGGUCGCGGCCGGCCUUAUGUACUCGGUAAUCAGCCAGACACCAAGGUUCAAGCCAUCCGUCUUAAGUGCUGCCCUUCGUAAGGUGCUUCCAAAUAGCUUCAGGUGGUUCAAGGUUGUUUCGGGAUUCGAUAAGGAAACCGCCCGUCUUUCGUCAGACCAAUUCCUUGCUCUUUACAAAUCCUUGCUUCCCAUUGCUCAAGAUGAAGCUACCCAGUUUGAUAUACAGGAUCUCUGGGGUGGCAAUUGGGAAAAUGCCGAAGCCCAGCUCUCCUUUGUCUGCGCCUUUGCCUCUCUGACACCUGAUCAGCUGGAUGCUAGCACUAUACCUGGCCUUGUUCCUACCAUCUCCCUCGACUCAUAUCUCGACUCAUCCCCUCUGUCAAGGAACGGAUCCCCUGAGUACGAGUUUGUGCUCGAGAGUCUCUGGAAGCGUGAUAAGGACUGGGUCACACAGAGGCUUGUUGACACGCACGCAACUAAACCCACCGACCUCCCUCUCAUUUUCGAGCACGCUGCCCGCCAUGGAUGGCUGGACGUCCUUGCCUACCUUCCGAACGGUUUCGGCUUAGACCUUGCUUCCUUUGCCCACGCUGAGCGCUGCCUAGAUCUCGCUGAAUGGGCACGCCGGAAUGCCGAUCGCAGCGCUGAAAUGGCUACGUGCUUGAUUCAGUUCUUGAUGAUUAAGGGGACGCUUGAAGCACAAUUUCAGCGUCCAGAGGGCCACCCGGCGAUCAAGACUACCACCACCUUGCAGGUCCGAACCGUUUCCGCGCUCUUGCAAAUUCUCGAAGAUUUUAUGCCGAGAACUCCAGUGCAAGAGUUGAUCAUUGUCCAGCGCCAGUGUAUUACUGCCUAUCCCAGACUAAUCAACUAUGGCGAAGGAUAUGAUGAUAUUAUCGACAAUAAUGGCAAGGAAGGUAAUUCCCUCCCUCCUGCCGCAAACGUAAAGAUGGAAGAACACUAUAAAAAGAUGUACGGCAACGAAAUCGAAGUGCGUGAUAUCGUGGAGGUUUUGGACCGAUAUAAGCAUUCUCGAGAGCCCCUUGAGCAGGACAUCUUUGCCUGUAUGAUCCACGGUCUUUUCGAUGAGUACACUCAUUACAUCGGCUAUCCCCUCGAAGCUCUUGCAACGACGGCAGUUCUCUUUGGCGGCAUCAUCUCCCAUAAGCUAAUCUCUGAUUUGCCGCUAAAGGUGGGCUUGGGAAUGAUCCUAGAGUCGGUGCGAGACCAUAUGCCCGACGACCCAAUGUACAAAUUUGGUCUUCAGGCACUCAUCCAGCUGCUGCCCCGUUUUCACGAAUGGCCCGGCUUUUGCAAGCAACUCCUUCUCAUUCCAGCUCUUCAAGGCACUGAUGCCUGGCUGCGAGCUGAGGAGGUUAUACGCGACCAAGAUGAGACGACAAGGAGUCGCGGGGGCGCAGGGGGCGUGCAUCUCGGAAGCUAUUCGGACGACUCUAUAGCCAAUGGUGUGGCGAAGGAAAUCCUUGGGUCAGACGCACAAGCGCCUCCAUUCACAGCCAUUUCCGUUGACUCGCCAGCUCUUGAUGCGGACCACGAGGAUCCUACCAGUGAUGACCAGGGAAAGAUCCAGUUCGUCCUUAACAACAUCACCGAAACCACUCUGCAAUCCAUGUGCAAAGAGCUCCGCGAUCUCCUUGAGCACCGCCACCAACAAUGGUUUGCUAGCCACCUGGUGGAGGAACGCGCCAAGAUGCAACCAAACUAUCAUCGCGUUUAUGUCGAGCUCGUCAACUUGUUUGAAGACAAGGCUCUUUGGGCAGAAGUGUUGCGUGAGACGUAUAGUAGUGUCUCCCGCAUGCUCAAUGCGGAGACUACCUUGCAGAACUCUACGGAAAGAACUCAUCUCAAGAACCUCGGAGGCUGGCUGGGCCUUCUCACGCUUGCGAGGAAUAAGCCUAUCAAGCACCGUAAUAUCGCCUUCAAAAAGCUCUUGCUGGAAGCCCACGACACAAAACGAUUAGUGGUUGUGAUCCCUUUUGUCUGCAAGCUUUAUCAUCACGCGGAACUCAAACUCAAUCUCAAAUUCGAGAUUGAGGUGCUCUGCAAGGGCUUGAACCUUGAUCAUAAGAGCAUCGAGCCCUCCAACGAGAUCCUCAGCCCAGCCGCCCCCGGCCUCAGCUCGCAGGCAAACACUCCCGUCAUCCCCGAUAUCGGCCCGAUGAUCAACAUCCCUCCCACCAACGAGAUGGUUGUUAAUGCAACCAGGCUUCACGAAAUUGUCCGCACCGCGCUAUCCCGAGCUCUUGCCGAGAUUAUUCAACCUGUAGUUGACAGGUCGGUAACCAUCGCCGCAAUCUCUACUCAGCAGAUGAUACACAAGGAUUUUGCAAUCGAGCCAGAUGAGAACCGUGUUCGUGCUUGUGCUAUCAACAUGGUAAAGGCUACGGCGGGUAGCCUAGCGCUAGUCACCUCGAAAGAACCCCUGCGAGCCAACUUCACCAACUACAUGCGAAACCUAUCCAACGACUUGCCUCAGGGUCUUCCGGAGGGCACAAUCAUGAUGUGCGUGAACUCGAACCUAGACCUUGGCUGCAGCAUCAUCGAGAAGCAGGCGGAGGAGCGUGCUGUGCCUGAAAUUGAAGAAAUGAUCGAAGAUGAGCUUGAAAGCCGCCGCCGGCACCGCGCGCAGAAGCCCAUGGAGCCGUACGCUGGCCCUUCCUUGAAUCGCUGGGCCUCGGCCCUCCCUCAACCAUACAGACUUGUGGAAGGCAUGUCGGGCCUUACGCCCGAACAGAUGGCCAUCUAUGAAGAUUUUGCCAGGCACCCCCGCAGCAGUGCGGCAAGCGGUGGCGCUCACCACCCUCCUGCUGGAGUCGACGCCGCCACAAGAUCCCUUGCCAACGAGGUUCUUCAGGAGCAAUUCGCGGGCCUCGCCGGUAUCCCAGCCCCUUCAGAGACCCCUGCUGGUCAGCACAUGGCCGGCCAUAUACAGCCAUAUCCCCCGGUUCAGACUGCUACACCAUCGGCGGGCGCUAAUGGUCGACCGCCAGCCACUCCCGUUGACCUUUCCCUGAUGGCUACCCGAUUCCAGAAGUUGUUGCUUGAGCUUCAGCGCGUAGCUACGGAGGCGAGAGAGGACCACUUCUUGAGCCUUCCUCGGCCUCACCCUGUACUUGACCUUGUGGACGCCCUCGUCCAAAUCAUCAUCAAGACUUCUCAGGGCUCUGAGGAAAUGGCGCUCUUCGCGGCUGACCAGAUCAGUCAAUUACUAUUCAGCCACAUUGACGAUAGUCUCGCUCUUGAGAGCUUAGCACACGUCCUUGAGACGCUUAGAAAAAUCUCUGGCCCUGCUAUCAGCGCACGUAUCCGUGUACUUUUCAGGCAGCAGCCCGGUCACUACUUCCUGCACCUUCCCUUGCUUACGGCACUUUCGGGAACCGAUCUCAUGGAUUGGAAGAAUAUUGACACGGCCAUGUCCAAGGCGCUUCAGCAGCGCAAGGAAGGGUCUCUUGAGUUCCUCGAGACACUUUUAGAUCUCGCUCUGCUCAAUGACCGGCCCCUUGCCCUCCACGCGGACUUUGUUCGAACCUUGGAGGCGGCCUGGGCCUGGGUACUAGAGGAUACUAGUUCUGCCGCGGGCCAACGGGUCAAGGCCAAAUUAACGAGCGGCGGCCUCGGUCGUCACGCGACUCCCCUCAACGCCGAUAGUCCCCUGGCACAACGCCAGGACCAAAUGGAAUACGUGUUUGAAGAGUGGAUCCAUCUCUGCAACAAUGCUAAUGCGACUGAGAAGUCUAUGAUGGUCUUCCUUCAGCAGAUUCAGGCCAAGGGCGUAAUUGGGGACAGGGAUGAUUUUUCCUAUUCCCUGGUCGACCAUGUGCCAGCUUCCGAGCGACUAGAAAUGGUAAUCAAGUUCGCCUUUGCUCUCCGGGACUUGGGUCCUCGCUUCGUCCCCGGGUUCACGUACGGUUGGCUCUCCCUGAUUCAGCACCGUAUCUUCCUUCCCGCCAUCCUCGGAACUGAAAGCCAGGAGGGCUGGGCACCGUUGACUCGACUGAUUGUCGACAUGCUUGACUAUCUUGGCGAGCAACUCAAGGUGCCGGAUCUUGCGGCCUCAUCCAAGGAGGUGUACCGAUCGAUCCUCAAAUUCUUCGUUGUGCUGCAGCACGACUUCGCCGAAUACGUCUCAGCCAACUACAACCAACUCUGCUGGGCUAUUCCUACACACUGUGCACAACUGUUUGCGACCGUCCUGGCGGCCACUCCUCCCACUCUGCACAAGACGCCCGAGCCGUCUCAACAGGUUAUCGAUAUCCUCCAGCAGCGUGGGGUGUUGGAUCUCAUCGCGCAGGCGCUUCGCGAUGGACCAUCGGAAGCUGUGCUUGCCCACCUUGUGCACUCGGUAGGCCGUAGCAACGGACAGGCGACGACAGGCUUCGGGUUUGCCUCGAUCGCAGUUGACCUCCCUGUCCUUGAAGCAAUUCCGAGCUACGUUGCGGGAUACGCCGUGGAUCAGGCCAGGCAGAAGGGUGGGCCAGUUUACGUCGCAGGAUCGUCGGACAGCACAAUCCUAACCCUCCUCGCCCGUGAACUCAGCCCGGAGGGCCGUUACUACCUCAUCUCGGCAAUGGUGAACCAGCUUCGAUUCCCUAACGCUCACACGCACUACUUUGGCCAACUUCUCCUUGACAUUUUUGGACACGAUCUCUCGGAUGCGGAAGAGAAUGAGGUUCGACAGCAAAUCACGCGCAUUCUCCUCGAGCGACUAGUAGGCUUCUGGCCUCAGCCAUGGGGCUUAAUGGUUACGGUGAUGGAGCUUCUGAAGAACGAACGGUACAUGUUCUUCGAGCAGCCUUUUAUCAAGUCGGCACCUGAGGUGGCGGAUCGGUUCUUGGCCGUCCUGCGACAGUAA